AUGAGCCCCAUUCCCUCGUGUAAAAAGUGGGUAUCAAAGACUAGGAUCAGGGCUUAUUGUGAACCACUUCUAGCUUACUAUUACAGAAUUGAUGAUUCUACAAAGAUAAAGGAGCCUUAUUUAAGCGUAUUUGUGGGCAAGGUUAUUUGUGGACAGGGGCUUAUUUAUGGGCAGGCCUUUUUUGCAGCUAAAUAUGCAAUUCCUUCUGUAAGUAUAUCACAGUCUUCGUACAGCAUUUCAACGGGCACAUCUGUCACCCUGUCGUGUUCCGUAUCUGCCAAUCCGUCCUACACUUCCGUAUUCUGGCAGAGAAAUGUUGGUUCAGGGACACAGACAGUCUCCAUUGACAAUGUUAACUUUUCCGGCGCAACAGUUAGCAUCCCUUCCCUGACCGUUAUCUCGGCUGAUACUAACGAUGCUGGCACCUACACUUGUUAUGCCACAAAUUCUGUCGGAACGGGACAGAGCGGUACAAUCUCUCUCGCCGUCACAGGAAAUGUACCGUCAGUGAGUAUUUCACAGUCCUUCUACAGUGUAAACACAGGAACAUCCAUCACACUGUCUUGUUCUGUAUCCUCGAACCCGUCCUACUCCUCUGUGUACUGGCAGAGAAAUGUUGGUUCAGGAACACAGACAGUCUCCAUCGACAAUGUAAACUUCUCGGGAGCAACAGUUGGCUCUCCUUCCCUGACGGUGAUCUCGGCUGACUCCAGCGAUUCUGGGACAUACAGAUGUUUUGCUGCAAAUGCCAUUGGGACUGGUCAGAGCAGCGUCACCACUCUGUCAGUCUCGGGAAGUGUGCCAAGCGUGUCUGUGACACAAUCUGCGUACAGUAUAACCACUGGGUCGUCCAUCACCCUGGGCUGUUCCGUGUCUGGAAACCCUUCAGUAACCUCGGUCUACUGGCAGAGAAACACUGGGUCAGGAGCACAGUCCAUUACAAUCGACAAUGUAAAAUUCUCUGGUUCCUCAGUUAACUCCCCUUCCCUAACGAUGAACUCUGCCAACAGUGCCGAUGCUGGCUCCUACACAUGUUUCGCCUCUAACUCAGUCGGGACAGGACAAAGCACCACCUCGCUCAGUGUCUCAGGAACUUUCUCCGGGGCGACAGUUAACUCCCCUUCCCUGACGGUGAUCUCCGCUGACGGUGGUGAUUCUGGAACAUACAGAUGCUUUGCCACGAACUCUGUUGGGACUGGACAGAGUGGUUCUACAACACUCACAGUCUCAGGAAGUCUUCCGACUGUGACAGUCACUCAAAACAGCUACUCUGUGACCACCGGUCAGUCGGUCACUCUUGUUUGUCAGGUUUCUGGGACACCGUCAGCCACCUCUGUUGCUUGGCAACGUACUCAGAACGGAGUGACCACAACACUGACCGUUACUGGUACAAAAUACUCGGGGUCUACAACUUCUGUUCCAUCGCUGACCAUCAACAAUGCUGGUAGUAGUGACAGCGGGAAUUACGUUUGUACAGCGACUAACUCCGUCGGUACAGGGACCAGUAACACCAUUGUAAUGUCUGUUUCUGGCAAUGUUCCAAGUGUGGCUGUAUCUCAGUCCUCCUACAGCGUUACCACAGGAACGUCUCUCACAUUGGCUUGUUCUGUAUCUGCCAACCCAUCACACACUUCUGUAUUCUGGCAGAGAAAUAUUGGUUCAGGAACACAGUCAGUCACCAUUGACAAUGUAAACUUCUCCGGGGCGACAGUUAGCUCCCCUUCUUUGACCGUGAUCUCUGCUAGCACCGGUGACUCUGGCACGUACACAUGUUACGCCACGAACUCCAUCGGAACUGGACAGAGCAGUUCCACAACACUCACAGUCUCAGGAAGUAUACCGACAGUGACAGUGUCUCCAACAUCCUACACGGUAACUACAGGAAACAAUGCUGUACUGCAGUGUUCCGUAUCAGCAAAUCCAGCCGUUACUAACGUUUUCUGGCAGAAGCUCAUCAAUAAUGUCUAUACAACCUUGACCAUGGGUACCGGUGCGUACAGUGGCUCCACCACAUCUUCUCCAACUCUGACUGUCCUUAACGCUAACAGUGAUGAUUCUGGAUCUUACAUCUGUAAGGCGUCCAACAGUGUCGGGACUGGACAGAGCAAUGUGGUCACUCUUACAGUAUCAGGCAGUGUGCCUUCCCUGACUGUUACCCAAAGUUCCUACUCCAUCACCACCGGGAACUCGGUCACUCUCCAGUGCUCCGUGUCGGCAAAUCCUUCCAUCACCUCUGUCUACUGGCAGCGUAUACAAAAUGGUGUCACGGCUGGGAUCACUGUUGAUAGCAUUAAUUUUAGUGGGGCUACUACAGCGAACCCCUCUCUAACAGUGAUCAAUGCUAAUUCGGCAGAUUCCGGAACAUAUACCUGCUUUGCAGUCAAUAGUGUUGGCACAGGUCAAAGUUCACAAAUCUCACUGACUGUCACAGGAAAUCUGCCUGUGGUCACUAUUGGUCAAACAUCUUACUCCGUCAACACCAACUCUCAGGUAACACUGCAGUGUUCUGUGUCUGCCAAUCCUGCGAUAACAUCGAUCUCAUGGCAGAAAACCUCGGGCGGAAGUACCAGUACGAUCGCCAUUGACGGAACAAAAUACUCUGGGGGCUCUACUACAAGUCCAACUCUUGUCAUCAACAACGCUGGUAGCACAGACACAGGAACAUAUGUCUGUCAGGCUACAAAUAGCAUUGGCACUGGGACCGGCACCAGCAUCAAUUUAUCUGUAACAGGAAAUAUCCCCGCGGCAACCAUUAGUGAGACUGACUACACCGUGAUUACUGGCUUGACCAAGACAAUCCCAUGCUCCGUCUCCGGAACUCCUGCAGUGACCUCUGUCAGCUGGAAGUUCACACACAAUGGAGUGACCACGACCUUGAGUAUCGACGGAGUUAAUUAUGGUGGUUCUAUAGUCAGUAAUCCCUCCCUCGUCGUUUAUAACGCUGAUAACAAUGACCAGGGUUACUAUACCUGUACUGCAACCAACUCUGUAGGUACAGGGACUAGUGCUGCCACCUAUCUCUACGUCACAGGAACCAUUCCUGUAGUGACCAUUAGUCAGUCCAGUUACAGUGUCCUGACCGCUAACACAGUCACCAUUGACUGUACGGUCAGUGCCACUCCAGUCGCCUCCUCUGUCGCUUGGCAACGCAUCAUCAAUGGGGUCACGACCUCUGUGUUUAUUGACUCCACCAAGUUUGGGGGCGCUACUGUCAGUAGCCCGUCUCUGACCAUAUAUAACUCUCAGAGUAGUGACGAAGGAGAUUAUAUAUGUCUGGCCACAAACGCAGCAGGAACUGGUCAGAGCUCCUCAGCUGCCCUCCAAGUCACAGGAAAUCUCCCAACUGUUACGAUUGGUCAGUCUACAUACACCGUCACUACUGGUCAGUCAAUAACCUUGACCUGUACGGUGUCCGCCUCACCAGCAGUCAACAGCCUUUCAUGGAAGAAGAUUCGAGGGGGCGUCACCACGACGAUAACCACGUCAGGAAGCAACAAGUAUUCUGGAGCUACAGUGAACAACCCCUCCCUAACGAUCGCUAACACAGACGACACUGACGAGGGGUAUUAUUAUUGUGGGGCUACCAACGCUGUCGGGACAAGCGAGAGCUCACAGAGUUACUUGUCAGUCACAGGAAGUGUACCAAGUGUUGUGAUUGGUCAAACAACAUACUCCUUCACCACUGGUCAGUCGGCCAUACUUGUCUGCACGGUGACCGCUGUGCCUGCAGCCACCUCAAUCACCUGGCAAAAAUCUGACACCAACGGCAACACCAACACCAUCAAUGUCAAUGGAGUCAAGUACACCGGAGGGACAACAGGAACACCUUCUCUGACAAUCGUCUCCGCGGUAACCACUGACUCGGGAACCUACCGCUGUAGUGCCACGAAUAGUGUGGGGACAGGACAGAGUGAACAGACCUAUCUCUACAUCACAGGAGAUCUACCAACUGUGACGGUCAGCCAGAGUACUUACUCCUCCAUCACUGGUCAGUCGGUCACCCUAAACUGCCAGGUGUCCGGAACACCAGCGGUUACCACGGUAGCAUGGAAACGGACUAUAAACGGAGUUACUUCCACCUUGACCAUCGAUGGAUCAAACUACAAUGGUGGUACAACAGGAAGCCCAUCCCUGAUCAUCAGCAGUGUUGACAGUGGUGAUACAGCCUCAUAUUUCUGUACCGCAACAAACGCAGUGGGGACCACGACUAGCAAUGCGAUCUUCUUAACUGUUACUGGCAAUACCCCAGUCGUAUCAGCCAAUCAGGAUUCAUACUCGGCCAUCACUGGCAACGCAGUCACACUUCACUGCACCGUGAAUGCAGUACCAGCAGCCUCCACGGUUCGGUGGGAGCGAACCAUCAAUGGUGUUACAUCCACUAUCAACAUUAAUGGAGUUAGUUACGGGGGGUCCAGUGUGAGCUCACCAUCUCUGGAGAUCUACAGCGCAGCGACAUCAGACACCGGCGUGUAUAUCUGUAAAGCGACAAACGCCGUAGGAACGGGUCAGAGUGUUUCUAUCACGCUCAGUGUUACAGGAGAUAUUCCAAGUGUGACAAUAGCCCAGAGUUCGUACAGUGUAACCACUGGUACCACAGCUACAUUGGCCUGUACUAUAACCGGAAUACCUGCUUCAACUUCUGUUACCUGGCAGAAGACACGAAACAGUGUGACGAGUACGGUUACUAUAGAUGGGGCUAAAUACAAUGGAGGCAGCAUCACGACGCCGUCUCUUAUUAUCAGCAAUGCUGACAGUAAUGAUGAGGGCAGCUAUGUCUGUCAAGCUACCAACAGUGUUGGAACAGGAUCAAGCUCCUCCACAACCCUGACUGUUACAGGCUCUGUUCCGACUGUGUCUGUUGGACAAAGUCAGUACACUGUGACCAGGGGAAGUACUGUCACGCUCCAGUGCACAGUGUCCGCAACUCCAACAGCCACAUCUGUUACCUGGAAACGUAUCUCUAAUGCUGCAACAACUGUGAUCAGUGUUGAUGGUACCAAGUACAGUGGAUCUUCUGUGAGCACUCCAUCCUUGACUAUAAAUAGCGCUGGAACUGUGGACGCUGCUGCCUAUAUCUGUACCGCUACCAAUAUUGUUGGUGUAGGGGAGAGCACUCAGACAGUACUUACUGUCUCUGGGGAUGUUCCGACUGUGACGGUUGGAGCCACCAGUUACUCUGUGGUAACAGGAUCAUCGAUAACUCUGGACUGUACCGUCACAGCCACCCCCGCAGCUAGUGCCCUCUACUGGCAGAGAAUCAUCGGCGGCACCACGACAACAAUGAACAUUGACGAGGUUAAUUACUUCGGUGGUUCAAUCACGACACCAGCACUAACCAUCCAGGUGUCGUCGUCCAGUGACCAAGGCUACUACAUUUGUUCGGCCAGUAACAGCGUGGGCACUGGUCAGAGCGGCCAGACCUAUCUGACCGUUACAGGAGGUAUUCCAAGUGUCAACAUAACAAUGGCUUCCUACAAAGUCAUUGUAACAAACUCUAUCACAAUUCCCUGUACCAUCUCGGCAAAUCCGAGUCUGACGUCAGUAAAAUGGCAGCGAAUAUAUAACAGAGUUACCACGACGAUAAUACCUGAUGGUGUCCAUUAUACUGGUGGCAGCUUGUCUAACCCUUCAUUAACCAUUAUUAACACUCAAUCUACUGACCAAGCGGCAUACAAAUGUCGUGCCACUAAUGCCGCCGGCACUGGGGAGGACCAGACCUAUGUCACGGUCACAGGAAGUAUUCCUGCAGUGUCUAUACCUCAGACUUCAUACAGUGUUGUCACUGGUAGCAGUAUUACCAUCCCCUGUACAGUGUCAUCAUCACCGUCGGCAACAAGCAUCAUAUGGCAACGCAUUGUUAACGGUGCAACGACCACAUUGACCAUUGAUGGGACUAAACUGUCCGGAGGGUCACUCAGUGUGCCAUCCUUGACCAUUAGUAACUCAGCAAACAGUGACCAGGCUUAUUAUGUCUGUAAAGCAACAAACUCUGUUGGGACUGGACAGAGCUUACAGAGCUACCUCACCGUGACAGGCAGUGUACCAGUAGUGACCAUUAGUCAGUCACAAUACAGUGUAGUCCAGGGUGCCACAAAGAUCAUCGACUGCUCCAUAUCCUCUUCUCCGACGGCCACCUCCAUCUCCUGGGAACGAAUCAAUGGAGGAGUGACCACCACACUGACCAUUGAUGGUACCAAGUUUUCUGGUGGUCAGUUGGGUACGCCAGCCUUGACCAUCAUCAGUGCGGCCAACAGUGACCAAGGGUACUAUGUGUGUACAGCCAUGAACAGUGUCGGUAUUGGUAGGAGCUCCCAGGCCUACCUCACUGUCUCCGGCAGUGCACCUACUGUGAAUGUAGGAUCUUCAACGUACACUGUCAUCAUUGGAAACACAAUCACGCUUACGUGCUCCUAUACAUCUAGUCCGACAGCAACUGCUCUGAGAUGGCAGAAAAUUGUUAACGGUGUCGCCUCAACAAUCACGAUUGAUGGAACUAAAUAUGGAGGUGGUACUCUCAGCUCCUCAAACCUGACCAUUGCUACUGCGGCCUCGAGUGACCAGGCGUAUUACAAGUGUGUUGUGACGAACAGCGUCGGCGAGGGUAGCAGCAGUCAGACCUAUCUCUACGUCACAGGAAAUAUUCCAUCAGUGACAGUAAGUCAGACCUCCUACAGUAUCGGCUUUGGAAGUUCUGUAACUCUGAACUGUGCUGUCGGAUCUACCCCGGCAGCUAACACCGUCUACUGGGAGCACACGGACUCCAAUGGUGUCACUUCAACCAUGACAAUCGGCUCGGGUUAUCAAGGAAGCACAGUAAGCUCUCCAUCGUUGGUUAUUUCCUCGGCAGUGCUCGCCGACCAGGGCUCGUACUACUGUAAGGCAACCAAUAAUGUCGGGACGGGAACCAGCAGUCAGGUUUAUCUCUACGUGACUGGAGAUGUACCCAGUGUGACUAUAGGGUCAGCUUCAUACAGUGUGGCUCGUGGUGGUUCGACCACCCUGGGUUGUACCAUUAGUGCAUCUCCAUCUGUGACCUCUGUCUAUUGGUCCAAGGUCACCAAUGGGGCCAGUAGCACCAUCUCCACAACUGGUAACACACGGUUUAGUGGAGGGACAGUUUCCAGUCCAUCUUUAGUCAUCAGUAGCUUGGCAACAGAUGACACGGGAACCUACCGUUGUAACGCCGUCAACAGUAUCGGAACUGGUCAGAGUAGUCUCACCAGCCUCACUGUCACAUAUGCUCCCGAGAACACAGUUGUCUCCCCUGCCUCAAUGACGAGGAAUGAAGGGCAAUCCAUCUCGGCUACAUGCACAUCAGAUGGAACACCAAACCCCACAUUCAGCUGGGUCAAGGUCAGCACAAACCAAGCCUUUGGCAGUACUGCAACCCUGUCUAUCUCCAACAUCGACAGAGGCCAUGAUGGUGUCUACAGAUGUACAGCUUCUAAUAGCCGGGGCUCGCAAACAGGAACAUUGACCGUCACUGUCCUAUAUCUUCCUGUGAGUACAGUUACCAGUGCUCAGUCAUCGGUUGUGCUGAGUUCCGGUCAGUCUCAGACCCUGCAGUGUAAUACUGUGUCCAAUCCGUCUGUGACGGCGUAUUCCUGGACAAAGGAUGGUGUGUCCCUCACCAGUGCUACCAGUCAGAGCUACACCGUGACGAUCAGCGCCUCCGACGACUAUGGAACAUACGCGUGUUAUGCUACCAACUCUAUCGGACAGUCUGCCGCCAUUCCAUUCACAGUCUCAUCUGGAAGUUCAGCAACUGGAACUACACCUGCCACGGGGGCGUCUACUGCGGACACUGGACUAACGUCUGGAACAAUCGCCGCCAUUAUCCUCGCUAUUCUCUUUAUCAUCCUUGUCAUUCUUCUCGUCGUCUGCUGUUGCUGUAUGAAAGGUGUGUGUGGUCAGAAGCAGCAAAAGAAGAAGAUUCAGCCGACCGAGAUCAAGGAGGAACCAAAGGAGAUUAUCCGAACCAUUGAGAUUCCACGUUAUGUAGAGAAACCAGUCGUCUAUAGGGAACCAGUGUACAGGGAAAGCUAUCGGGAAUCCUAUAGGGAGCCCUCAGCUGUGUCUCGUCAAGACGUGGUCAUUGCUGAGGAGAAUUUCGACAUUCUGAAGUAUCAGACCAUUCCCCCGUCUGGAACCUCACUAGAUGGAGAUUCGGUGGAGCACUACCACCGCCGUAGUCAUCGCACGCCCCAAACUCAUCUCCCAGCACUUGAGUAUACUGUCGAAGCCACAACAACUGCCGACGACGAGGAACGUCGCCGCCGCAGGAGGACAAAGAAAAGGAGGAGGAGGCAACGUGAAGAGGGUGAGGGAGAAGAAAGGGAACAUCGGAGUACAUCUCGCCGACGACACAGGAGGAAACGCCGCGAGGAGGCCGAGGGAGAACCCAUCAUUACUAACGGGGAUAUGUACUACCGAAAUUACUCCAACAACGCUGAUAACAGCGAACAAUAUUACUACAACUAAAGACAUCGGGACAAUUAUUGGGGAAGAAACAACUACGAGCUCUGUCACCUGAGUUACUACAACUAAAGAUAUCAGGACAACUAUUUGGGAAGGAUACAACUAUGAGCUCUCACCAGAGUUACAACUAAAGUUGUCCGGACAACUAAGGGAAAAAUACAUCUACAAGCUCUACAAUAAGAGAAAACAAAUUAACUAAAUAUACAACAAUGAAAUGUGACACUAGAAAAAACAUGGAGUUGUUUAAUCAAAAUCACUAUAAGUACCAUAUUUUUCCUGUUAUAAGCCCAGGGGGCCAACACAGAAACUAAGUAGAAUUAUUGCGAGACAAUGGAACAUGCAUUCGAUAGCAUUUUUACUAACCUACAAUAGACAUUUCAUAGAAUAGACAACCCCAACCAAGAUGGCAAGGGGACCGGUACCAUCAGCCACCAUCAAAGGAAGACUCCAUAUUGGUUGUCGUUGGUCCUAUGAGUGACAUCACUACGCCACCUGGUGUCUACCACUCAGUAACUCAGACUGACGCCACCUGGUGUCUACCACUCAGUAACUCAGACUGAUGAUACACAUUGAAAGCUGUUGAUAAGUUAGAAAAGUUACGAGUAGUAGAGUCACUGUAUUCCUUAUGAUGGGUGGGCUUAUUAACCAGGCAUGGGCUUAUUACCAGGCAUGGGCUUAUUACCAGACAUGUGCUUAUUACCAGGCAUGGGCUUAUUACCAGGCAUGGGCUUAUUGACGGAUAAAUAUGGUUCAACUAGGAUCAUGUCGGUACACCAACUACAGCUACACUAUUGACACCUGUGAGUAUUGUAUCAUUGUUUCACUAGGGGUAUCAAAGCUUUAGCUAUAGUGCCAACACUAACAAACAGUAUCACAUGUGGUGAUAAGGUUAUAACAUACUACAACAUGUAUACAAUUACAUAUUUUCAUAUAAAAUCAUUUUUGUUGGGAUUUUUUGAUUUUUUUUUUUUUUGUAGGUACUCUUUUUCGAAGAAAUUCAAAUUUAUACAAAUUACACAAAUGUUAAGGUAAACAUUCACUUCUGGGCAGGGACAUAUGAAGUAUUUUAUUUUAUGUUCCUGCUUCUAGGUCAUAGAAUUAAGAAUAUCAACAACAAAUUAUCAAAUGUUGGAAGAUGGAUACCAAAGCCAAAUUGGAAAAUAUUUAUUUAUCAUUUAUAUGGUUGUAUAAGAUAAUAAUUUGAGAUUGUUUUUUAAGAUCUACAUAUUUUUCUGUUUUAAACAUUUACAUGAUAUUUUUUAUUACAUUGUAUUUUGUAAAAGACUUUCGUGACUGAUGCAACAGGAAAUAAUUAUACAACUAAGAGCAUAAUAUUCAUGAAUAUAUUUCUUGAUAGAUAUCUUGCUGUUUUGAAUAUUUAUAUACAAUUUAUUUUGUAUUUUUAAACAAAAUUGACUGAUGCAAUUAAAAAUACUCUUUCAACUAAAGGCAUAAUAUUCGGUAUGUAAACUGCCAGUGUGAAUCUAUUAUGUUUUGAUUGGUCGAUUUCAGUCAUGUGUUCCUCAGACUGAACCUGUUACAAUGUACAUGGGGGUUUUAUUAACAACUUAUUGUGAAAGAAAAAAAAAUGUUUUAUGACAUAUGUACAUAUAUUUAUUUGUCUUUGUGUAGAUGAUGUGUUAGGAAAUUUCUAGUCUUAUAUACAUACUCCCUCAUUAGUUGCUUUCUGCAAUCGAGAUUAGUUUACUUUGCUCAGUAUAUAUCAAACUUUUUUUAUACAAAUCAUUUACUUUUAAAUCCUUUUCAGUUUUAUGUGAACCUAAUUGUCUUCAAAUGUUGACUGAAUUCCUUAAAAUUAUUUUAUCCGUAGGGUUUUAUCAAGUGACAGAUGAACCGUUUUUUGCUAGUCUGUCAGACUGAUAUUGGCUGAUAGCACGAAAGUUAAGGAACGAGACAGGGCAUUUUAAUGAUUUUUGAAAGGUUUGAUUUCUUUUUUUUAAUGUUUUUGAAGUCAAAACCCCAUUUACACUUUUAAACCUGAGAGUUCAGAUAAGUUUACUCAUCACUGGUACACAACGAACCUGUUAAAGUAACUGAGAUAUCUUAAUUAUUGAUAUUCAAUUACAGGAAUCUUUUUAAGAUCUGAUAUGUCAGAGUUACUUCCCUUUGUUUCACUCUGUGCGAUAAGUACAGGUAAUACAAUAAUAUGGAGUAGGAAUUUUCAAAAUCAACUAGUUGUGGAUGUUUUAUAUGGAUGUGUGAUUAUAUUUCAUAUUUAUGUUGUGUAUAUAUGGUCAUGUGAUAAAUAUUUUGACCAAUCAACUUGUUCCGUCCAUCCUUAUUAUAAUUUUCAUUUAGUUAAAAAAAAUCUUACAUUUAUAUGUAGUUCUUGGUGAUAGUAUGUAAAAAGAAUCAAAUGAAUUUUAACAUUUAGCAAUUUGUCUUACUGGGCUGAACUACUCCCGAACCCUGGCAGUCUGGGGAAUAAAUCAUUACAUAUUGUUAAAGAAAAAAACACAUUCCUGAAAAAUUUAUUGAAAUGUACCUCUAAAACCAAGAAAUAUUUUUAAAGAUUUUUUUUAAGAUUUCAAAAAUGUGCCUCGACUGUAAUUUGCAUGUUUGUAAAUGGAUAUGUUUUAAUGCAUGAUUAUUUUCCGUCCCAACAUAAUUAUUUUUAUCAAAACCUUUUUGAAUUAAUUUUAUUGUUUAACUCUGAUUUAGACUGUUGUAGUUGUAACAUACAUCAUUGUGUUGUAGAAAACAUUUAUUUUUGUUCUUGAUGUCAAUUUAUAAUUAUACGUUGUAGUCCCAAGCAAAAUGUGAUAAUUUAAUAUAUAUAAAAGUACUUAUAUAAUUCAUAUACCACAUACAAUUUAAUAAAUUCAUGAUCUUAUUACCGGGCACAGGCUUAUCACUGGACAGAUACAUCAUGUGAUCUACUCUAAAAUACUUGAGGAAAUUAACAGAAAAUAGUUGAUUUGGUUUAAUAUCUUCAAAAGUAGUGUUUGAAAAUUUUAAUUCUUGAAUAUAGCAUGGAAUCAUUGUGUUAUUUCAUUGUCUUUUAAAACAAAUUAACGCUAUUAGAAUAUGUAGAUGAUUUAUAGAAUGGUAAACACAAAGGUCACUUUGAUUUGUCAUAAGUUGGACUUAUUUUGCAUUAAUUUAAAAAAAAGUUCAUAAAAACCUGUUCUGUGAUUGAUGACAAUAUUUCAGUAAAUUAUAAGUGCUAGAUAUACUGGUAUUUAUAAACUGCAUUUAGCUUUAAACACUUUCAUAUUUGAAUGUAAACUUUUAUCUACUUAGAACUAGAAUACGCUUGUUAGCCCAGAUUGAAGUGCAUCUAUUUAUCCUACAAUUAGCACAGGGGCCCAUACAUAGAAUCUAACCAAAAGAAGGAGAAAGUGCAUAUAGCAGAAUAAUUAAAGCUGUAUUGAUUGUAUCUGAAGUGAAAUUCAUAAUGAGAGGGAUUAUUUCCAGACAUGGGCUUAUUGCAGGGUAAUGUGAUAUUGUAAAUGACAGAAAUAUGAUAGUUACCAAAGUAAUGUUACUGUUAAACUAAUUUUAUUAUAGACCUGUUUAAGUUAUUAAGUGUUGUGCUGAAUUAUAGAUUCUGUCUGUUGUGUAGGGAUCAACAAUAUUAUUUCAUCUGAUGCAUGAAAAGAAUAAUUAAAUGUGUAUAUAUAUAACUAUAGUGUCAGAUAGAUGUGUAGUUAUGAAUCAUGAAUGCUCAAAUAUAACAAAACCUGUCUUGUCUGACACCUGAGUAUUAUGGCAUGCUGUAUUAUCUGACAACCAGAUUUGGUAUAGUAUUGUGCUUUAAAAGAAGCCAUAGGAAAUAAAAUCUGUUUUCUGUGUAGAUAAAUAAUGGUUUCUGUGGAGAAUUUUGUGUUAUAGCCUGCUCAGGUAGGGUUUUUUAUGAUGUCAUGUUCAUAUAUAGCGAUAAAAACUUCAUUUUGCAUUGAAUGUAUUUUAUAACCAGUCAUUACAGUAUUAGAUAAUACAUUUGUUAUUAAAAUUAGCAACUUAAUCAAUUCAAAGUGA